AUGCCUGCUGCAUGGACAAAAGAAAUCUUUAAUACCUAUUCCCUUUCAAGAAUGAGCAAAAUAUAGUGUAAAAUCAUAAUUUUUUUUUGAAAUAAAUAAAAUUUGAAACCGAGGCUUUAAUUUUAGGAGUCAAAGAAAGCAAGGUUGUGUCUUAAAAAUUCCAUGCUUGCCAGCCAUAUCCUUAGAUUUAUAUGUGUUUAAUGUUUACUACUAAAUAGCCUAUAUACUUCGUCUCUUUCUUCCGGGCUCCCAUCUGCCACUGCACAUUAUGCCAAUAGGUAUCAACCUGAAUGCUUCCAGAGCUUUCAGAUUUCUAUAGCUGCUUCCAGCUUUGGAUUCGUAUCUAGAUUGCCUACACAGAAAAUUAAAAAAAAUGGGAUUUUUGGCCGAUUAUCGGCAAAAGGGUUGGACCUGUGGUUAAGUGCGCUACUCCUGAUAUAACUUUGGAAAGUUUCCCGAAUAGCCUAAUAGUACCGAUAGGCAUCACUUGGCUAUUAUUUCCAACUCUAUCCUUUCCCAUGAGGUAAAGUCAAACUUUGGUUACUGCUGGGAUUGUUUCCAAGCCAAGCUACCAUCGGGUCAAUGGAACCUUGGCUCCUGGGAUAGGAUGGCUAGAGAGAUCGACGACAUCAAGAAGUGCGGGAUAAAGACUGAACAGGCUGCAUGGAUCUCUGCAUGAUUCAAAGUCAGCUAAGAGAUAGACUGUCUGAGGCAAGAUGGAAGCAACUCCGCAGCUUAUCAGACUCCAAUGGAGCGAUGCAAGCUAAUUCGGGGUAAUCAUAUUGAAGGCGCGUGCUCCGAUAAAGUCAACUGAUUUGAGAUGUAAAGAUAAGCCACUUUUCAAUCGCUAGCAGUGGGUAAUAAUGGCCUUGGGGCCUAUCACUGCGAACUUUAGCUCUUCUAUAAAUUGUCUUACGACCUCUAAAUAAAGUAGAGUCAAUAUAAAAUAAAAUUUCAAUUUUUCUAAAAUUCAAAAUAAUUUAGCAAUAUUAUUCAAAGUUGGAGAUAAUCAUUUCUGCAUAAUUUUUAAAUAGAAAAUUAACCAUCAUUGCAAAAAAUCAAAGAAUCUACUUAUUUUGUGGAAGGGAAGCUAUGAAAUUUUAUCCCAGUCACUACAAUCGGGCCAAUACAAAAAAUUUUUUUUCAAGCUUUUUGCGAAACAUUUUAAGCAAAAAUAUAGCCUAAACACGAAGUCUAAGAGCCAAGCAGUCUAUGAAAUUUCAGUAAACAUAGUUUUGGCCUUGCAAGCAAUUAGGUUGAUGUGAUAUCCAGAUUCCAGCCUUUCUGAAUGGGAAAGUUACAGAAGUAUAUGAAAAGUGUUAGGAUAUAUUAGUUACGACUCAAUUUGUGCAGAAUCAGGGCUGAUGAGCUACUGCCGGCUUACAACUUUUAUUUUACUAGCUAUAGAAUUUGUAUUUUUACUUCUUCUUGGCUUCUCCACUUACACAAAUAAAAAGCUUCCAUAUUUUGUGACAUUUUUACCCAAAAUUAUUCUAUUUAUUUUUACUAUAGUUGGAAUAAUUCCAAAUUGGCUCCAUGUCAUUUAAUCGGAGUGUUUUUCUGUAUGGAAUUUCUUCAGGUAUUUUUAUUCCCUCGUUAGCCAUUUAAUAUAAUUUAAAUUUUUUCUAGACCAAAAUUCCGAGGAAGGAAAAAAUUCCUAGCACAUGACUGGCAAUAUUCCAAGUUUCAUGCUUCUUAUUGUUACAUUAAAAUAUUACAUAAUUGGAUCUACUUAUAUAAGAGAAUAUGGAAUUAGAAUAGAACCCAAUGAAAUUAAUGAAAUAAGUACAACAUUAUCAAUUUUUUCGCUUAUAUUGCUUUGUUUUAUUUUGAUGUCUUAUGAAAUUUUCUCAUGCGAUAUGAAGCAUUCUCAUCACAAAAAAAAUAUUAAAUCAAGGUCUUCGUCAGAAUUAGAUUUGCAGAUAAAGCUAUUUUAUAUCAUUUUAUGUACUUCAUAUAUUUCUUUUGGAAGUGAACAUAUUAUUCUGCAUCAAAUUUUGAUGUUUUUGCUGUCUUUGUGCUUAGCUAUAAAAUCUAUUUUUAUUUUACAAUAUUAUAAUGUAGUUGGAAACUGAAUUCAGUCAUGCAAUAUGAUGAUUAUUGCCACAGCUCUGUUUAUUUUUCUUUUUGGAGAAGUUCUAGAUAAUUCGGAAAUUAUUUUGAUUUUUAAUAUCAUUUUGCAACCAAUAGUUAUAUAUUUUACAAUAAAAUUUGUGAUUUAUAGGCAUAAAAUAUUAAAAGAAAGCCAUGAAAUACCGAGAAAUCAAUUUGAAUUUGAAAGAAAAUACAGACAUUUGCUAAUAGAUAAAUUUAGAGAAGAUAAAAUAGAAACUUUGAAUUUAUUCAAAAAAUAUUGAAAAAUGAGUCAAUUUAAGAAAAAUAAAAUUUUUGCUGUGUGGGAAUUUAAUUUUUGCAAUUCUAUAGUAAAAAAUGAAAGACUAGCAAGAGUAAAAUUAUCAAAAAUUUUUAAAGCAAAAUAUUCAUUUGAAGGAGAUAUUCAAGAAUGGAAAAUAUUUAACAAACUUGAGAGCAAAAAAUGCCAACAGUUUUCUGAUGUUAACUUUUUAGAAUUUUUGCAAGAGUUUCGUAUGAUAAAAUUUAAAGACGAAAAAUUGUGCAAUACAAUUGUAGAUUUGCAUAAUGAAUUUAGUUUAAGAAAGCCAAAUAUAUCUAAGCUAAUGCAUUUAGCUAUUAAAGCUGCGAAUAAAAUCAAUAAAAUUACAGAAGGAUAUAAGAAAUUGAUUGAAAUACACAAAAAUAUUGAGGCUUAUGAACAUUAUUCAAGCUUUCUUGAAAAUAUCGCAGGAAACAUUGAAGAAGCAAGCCUAAUAAAUAAAAAAAAAGAUGGAUUAAAUUUUUAUAGUCAACGAAAUGAAUAUCAAAGUCUAGAAAAUUAUGGGAAAACAAUUGGGGUUAUGCUUAUUUCUUGCUCUGAAGAAUCUUUUGGCAUAAUUUCUUAUAUAAAUGAAACUGGGGCACAAAUCUUAAAAACUUCCCUAAUAAAUGCUAAUGGGACACCUUUCACAACUUUCAUUCCUUCCCCUUUUGACGUUUUACAUGGAAAAUCAAUGAAAAUUUUUUUACAAGAUUGCAUAACAACAGAAAUUUGUUCCCAUAAAUCUUUAUUUUUUAAAUCAAAUAGUGGCUUCUUGAUAGAAUGCAAUAUUAUGAUAAAAUUGACAACUUUUCACAACAAUUCUUACUUUUUAGUUUCAUUUAAACCAGUUUCUUCAAAACGACAAAUCGCUUUGCUAUCCCCAGAAAACAUUAUCCUUAAUCAUUCAGAAUUAUUCUGUUACUUCAUAAACAAUCCAAUUAAAAUCGCUUCAGGAAAGCCACUUUCAGAUAUAGCUCCUUAUCUAAACACAAAUAGAAUGUUAAACUACGAGCCCUUGAUUCUAAAUUUUUUUUCAAAAGAAAUUGCAUUUGUUCAUAUCCAAAAAACGAUAAGAAAUACAAGAUUUUGUUAUCUGCUUGUAAUAAAUGAUGAAAAAGAAAUCAAGCAGUGGAAACUUAAAGAGGAUGAAAAUCAAUUAGAGUUUUAUGAGCACUCACAAAAUGAAGCAAAAAAUGAUCAAUCAAAUGGAUUUUUGUCACCUAAAAACGUUUUCUCAACAAAUGCCCCAUUUUCCCCUAAAAACUUUGAAAAAGAAGCUGUUCUUACUACUAAUAAAUUUCCGAAUAUAGAUUGUGAUAAAAAGAUAGAAAGCCAAAUAGAAAACCCUUCAAAGCUGUCCUCCUCAAGAAACAGCAAUAGUAAAGGCUCAAAUCAAGCCAAAAGAUUAUUAUUGCAGUCGAAAAGGAAAAUUUCUGUGCUUCAGUGGGUGCUGUUUAUUAUGGUAAAAACUAAAUAGAUGAUUUCAGUUAUCAUUACUAUGAUAGCUAUGCUAGCUUAUAUAAUUUCAGAUGUAUCUCGAACUUCAAGAAUGAGCUCUCUUGGGCAUCUUGGAAAUCUGCUAUAUUACCUUGAAGCGGCAACAGAGUCUAUUCGAACAUUAGACAAAGCAUCAAAAAAUUCCAUUUAUACGACAGCUCAGAUGGAGGGUUUUGCAUUAGAUUUUAGUAACAUUCUUGAUGAAAUAGACAUUAUAAGAGACAGCAUUUUAGCUGAUUUUGAAUUAUGAACAUAUUGCAAAGCUUCUGAAAUUAUUGACGACCAAAUAGUUCCUUUAUGAAAUUUUGAUAGUGGUAAACCAGCUAUUGAUUAUGAUAAUCUGUACAAUUUUAUUUCGAGAUUUAUUGACACAGUAAUCUCUAUUUAGGGUAAGAAAGUACUGGGUAAAGUACCUUUAAAACAAGACUUUACUUAA